CAAGGUAUAACAAAUUAGCAUUUGGUAUUUAUUUGUGAAAUCAUAUCAAAAAUCAAUAAUUACACGCGAAUAUUAUCAUCUUACUAAUAACCAGUCUAUAUUUUUUUGUUCGCGAAAAAAAUUAAAAGUUGCUCGAUGGGUUUGUUUACAAAUUGAUAAGCGUUAUCAAAUUAUCGUUCGGUUUUUUGACGUUUGCCGUGUAAAACUGGGUCUAUAGAGUUUAUAGUUGUAUUACCUAACCUAAUAAUUUUCGUGAUUGAUAAAUUAAGAAAUAAUCUAUAACCAUGUCCUAUGACCUGAAACGGGAAGAGGAAGUGAAAGAAUAUACGGAGAAUCUCGGUAUCGAGUAUCGAUUUGGGUGUUUUAAAGAGAAAAAGCCGGAAGUUUGUCACCUUUUAGCCGAUUAUUUGGAAGCGAUCAAGAAAGACUACAAGAAAGCUGCGAAAGUGUACAAAAGCAACUGUGAUGAUUAUAAUUACCCGAAAUCAUGCUUGAAGUAUGGUAAUUACGCAUUGAUGGGGCGAGGCCGGGAUAGCAUUGAUCAGAACGAAGCGCUGAAGUAUUUCGAAAAAGGCUGCGAGUUGAAUGAACCGGUGUCGUGUCUCCACGCCGGUGUUUUAUUAACGGCCACGGGUCCUGCCACCAAAGUGCAGCGGGAUGUACCAAAGGGAUACAACUACCUGAAGAAAAGCUGUGAUCAGAAUGAUGACAAGGCAUGCCAUUACUUAGCUGGCAUGUAUCUGGCCGGUGUACCAAAGAACCCCAAAGAUUACAACCCACAUAACCCAGAGAAAAAUGUGAACAUUGACUUUCUCAUUAAACCAGACAUGAAGCAAGCAUUUCAAUUUGCAAAGAAAGGAUGUGAACUUGGUAAUAUUUAUGCUUGCGCAAAUGUAAGUUUGAUGUACAAAAAAGGUGAUGGAGUUGAGAAGAAUCUUGAUGAAUCAAAACGUUAUUUCCAAAUUGCAACAACCCUACAGAAAGCUCACGAGACUGCAAAAAAUGUGCAGUUCCAGCAAGGUCUUGAACAAAAAACAGUUGCUUAAGUAGUUCUAUGUAUUUAUUGUAUAUUAUUUUAAUAUAGAUUGUGAAGUAUUGUGAAUUUCAUAAAUUAUUUUGUUGGCGUAAAUUAUUAAGAUCAAUAAAGGUGUUUAGUAGUA